CGAGAUCACGCCACAGGAGAUGAGCAAUGGAAUACAUUCGCAAGCCAAGAGCAAUGUAUAGACUUCUGUGUAGGCACCUGCCCAAAUGAGCUCGAACAGCACUACAAUCCGAUCACGGGUCAACCACAAUUGUGCGAUGCAAAAGCAAAAAUCGGUUGUCCACUCGGUUUCGAAUGCGUUAGGACUUCGCCUUUCGCAGCAAUUUGCUGUCGCACAACUCCCGUCUGUCCUGCAGCCGAGUCCAUCGUUCUAGCAGAGAAAGGAGUGCCGAAGCUGUGUGAUCCGGGUCACCACGAUUCGUGUCCUGAGCAGUACUCGUGUCAGCAGGCCGAAAAUUUGGAGCACAUAUGUUGCACACGACCGCUCGAAUGUCCAAAUGGUAUGAAGGCACUCAGAGAAGAUGGUGGGCGCCCACGAGCUUGCACACUCGGAGUAGAGGGUAAUUGUCCUGGUGAUCAUGUAUGUGUUCUAGGAGAAGGAAUGACUGUUGGUAGCGGAGCCCGUCACCUGUGCUGUCGUCCUGAAAAGGUCUGCAUCGUUCCUUACGUGGACAUCACAAAAAAGCGACCACAACGCUGUUUUCCA